AAAGAUAAACACCAAAGUCCUCUUUAGAUGAAUUCCAGUUUCAAGAAGAUGAAUCGCCGGCGGCAAAAGCUCUCUCUCUAUCACUCUAUCUGUGUGUAAUUAAUGGAUGAUUGCAAAAGUUGGAUAUUUUUACUCAAUUCAAGAUUCUGUUUGGUGCCCGAAGACGUAGAUGUUUGAAGUUUGAUGGCCUUCUUUUCUCAUUCCGAGCCAAUAAUGAGAGGCAUUUCUUCAACUCCUUCUUAACAAACUGAUAUCUCUUAUCAACCGGGAGAUCGGACUGAUCUUGGGCGUCGACGAGGUGAUGAAGAAGCUCUACAGCACUCUCACCACCAUCCAAGUUGUGUUGGAGGAUGCCGAAGACAAGCAAAUCCAGAGCAAGCCAAUUCGAAAUUGGCUGCAGAAGCUCAACGAUAUUGCUUAUGUGAUUGAUGACGUAUUGGAUGACUGCAACACUGAAGUCUCCAAACUCGACCACUCUCAUUCAAAAUACAGUCGCUAUAGCCUCAAGAAAAUUUUGUAUUGCCACAAAAUUGCAAGGAGAAUGAAGCAAGUCAACGAGAAAGUGGAGGCCAUUGCUGCGGAGCGCACUAAGUUUCAUCUGUGCGAGAUGCCUGUUCAUAGGCCAAGAGAAGUAUCUCUUGCGUCGCGCGAAACGGCUUCCCUGUUGAAUGAGUCUGAUAAGAUUCUUGGCAGGGAAGAAGAUAAAGACAAAAUUGUGAAGAUAUUGGUAAAUGACUUGAAGGAGAAACAGGAGAUGUCUAUGUCUGUGCUGCCAAUCAUCGGUGUUGGCGGCCUUGGCAAGACCACUCUCACUCGACUAGUCUUCAACGAUCCCCAGGUGAAAGAACACUUCGAUGUAAGGAUAUGGGUUUGUGUUUCUGAUAACUUUGAAAUGAAAACUUUGGUGAAAGCAAUGAUUGAAUCUGCCACGGGGAAUGAAAAAGCUACGGAUCUGCAGCACUUGGAUGCUACUGAACGUCGCCUCUGGGAAUUGUUAAGCAAUAAAAGGUAUUUGAUUGUGAUGGAUGAUGUUUGGAAUGACCACCAGGAUAAAUGGUUUGAGUUGAGAGAUAUUUUAUCAUGUGGCUCAGCCGGUUCAUCGGUUGUUGUCACCACACGCCAGAAGAAGGUUGCUGAUAUAAUGACAACUCUUCCAUGUUAUUGCCUUGAGGGGCUGUCAGAUGAGCACAGUUGGGCGCUGCUACGGCAGCGAGCCUUUGGACCAGUUGAAGAGGUGUCACCAGAGCUGGAAAUAAUUGGGAAACAGAUCGUGAAUAAAUGUGCUGGAGUGCCCCUGGCUGCUACAACACUUGGUGGAAUUCUACGGUUUAAAAGAAAGGAAGAGGAAUGGAUAUAUGUGAGAGACAAUGAUAUAUGGAAGUUGUCGCCUGAGGAGAGUUUGAUAAUGCCAGCUUUGAGAUUGAGUUAUCAUCAUCUUCCGUUGGAGCUAAGACAAUGCUUUGCUUAUUUUGCAUCCUUUCCUAAGGACCAUUACAUUGAAAAGGAAGAACUGAUCCUUCUAUGGAUGGCUCAUGGCUACAUUUCAUCAAAGGGGGCUCUUCAAGUGGAAGAUGUUGGAAAUCAAAUAUGUAAUGAGCUACUACUGCGAUCUCUUCUACAAACAAAUGUGUUAUACCCAAACGAGAUUGGUAUGCAUGAUCUCGUUCAUGAUCUUGCAGAAUCAAUAAUGGAGAACAAAGUUCCUGGAGUACAAAGUGAAAGAGGUCUCACAAGUGCAUCAACUAUCCGCGAGGUAAAUUUUCAACAAAAAACAGUUGUGUUUCCUAAAACUUUUCAACAAGAUAUGGACCUUACUUCUAUUUUAGAUCUCACAAGUUUAAGAGUGUUAAAUGCACCUCGUAAUGCAAUAGACGAUUUGCCUCCUUCCAUCAGCAAUCUUAAACAUUUGCGAUACUUGAAUUUGUCUAGUUCUAAAAUUCGCACUCUCCCUAACUCGUUAUGUACUCUUUGGAAUUUGCAAACCCUCAACUUGGAUUACUGUGUUAGACUUGUGGCUUUACCUAAGAAGCUCACAUCCUUACGUAAUCUCCAACAUCUAUGUUUGUGGGAGUGCAACUCAUUGUGUAAAAUGCCAUCUAAAAUGAGAGAGUUAAAUGGCCUGAAAACAUUGAGCACGUUUGUCGUUGGUCUGAAGAGAGGUAACCAACUUGAUGAACUAGAAUGCUUGAAGCUCAGUGGAAGGCUUGAGAUUAGGCAUCUUGAGAGAGUGAAAGACCAUAUGGUUGCAAAGAAAGCAAAGAUUGCAAUGAAAAAACAUCUUCGGGAGUUGAGGUUGUCAUGGGAAAGAAAUGAUUUAACCAAGAUAGAGAAGGAGGUUGAUGAAAGGGUGUUGGAAGCACUUGAACCUCACCCUAAUCUUGAAUCUCUUUGUAUGACAGGCUUUAGUGGUAGAUAUGUUCCAAGUUGGAUGGCAAAUUCAACGCUGAGAAAAAUAGUUACGAUUAAUAUAAGUGAUUGUGAAAAUAUUAGGCAUUUUCCGAAACUGGGAGAGUUACCUAAUCUUCAACAGCUGUAUAUAAGGAAUGUGGGGGUGGAGUAUAUUAUUGAAGAAGAAGUUGGGAGUGGACAACCAGUAAAGAUACAGUUCCUAGCGUUGAAAGAAUUGUAUUUAACUGAUCUCCCAAAUCUUAAGGGACUCUCAAAGGAGCAUGAGAGUGAAGAAGCAUUCCCAAAUCUUCAAACUCUAAGCAUUAAGCAUUGCUCUUCACUAAUACUGCAACCACUCUCAUCCUUUCAAAAGUUGGAUGAACUAAGAUGUCAUAGCUCAACUUUGGGUUUAUUAUCUGAGCUCGACAUUCCUAGGGAUCUCACCUUGGAAAUUGAGGAGAGCUUGACAUGUUUCCCAUUAGAAACACUGGCAAAGUUCAGUAAGUUGCAAUCACUGAGCAUUACGGAUGCAAAAGAGAUCAUUGUGACAAGAGAAGUCUUAAAAGAUCUUACAUGUUUAAGUCUAGGGAGUUGUUGGACGAUGAGAUCUUUACCUGAAGGGAUGUUGGAGCACCUUACUGCUCUGAAAUCCCUCCAUAUAUUGAAUUGCCCAGAGUUAGUAGAGCUGUCAGAUGAUACUGAACAUCACCAUAAUAUUUCGAUGCUUGUGUUAUGGUUUCUUCCCAAGAUGACGCGCUUGCCUCGAGCUUUUCAGCAGCUCACUUAUCUAUACUUAUUGGUUCUUCCUGAGCUGAAAUCAAUCCCAGAUCAGCUACCAUCUCUUACCUUGCUUGGUGUAGGAGGUUGCCCAAAGGUUGUAUCGAUUCCAGCUCUGCCGAAUCUGGAAGUGCUAAUAGUCAUUGGAUGCCCACAGCUGGAAAGGCGAUAUCGGAGAGGAAGUGGAGAGGAUUGGCACAAGAUUGCCCACGUUCGCCAUAUCAGUAUUUCUUCACAAUAACUAAACUAUUUUUUGUAAAACAAAUCAAGCUUGACUAUGGUUUUAAUACUUUGUCUUCAAGAUGAAGAUGGUGCACCAGAAAUAGCUUUGGAGAAAGUCUAUGAAGUCGUGUUGGUGGAA